CAAUAUUCAACAGCCAUUGAACCGCUCGGCAUACAUACCAGUCAACCCCUGCUCAACGUCUCUCGCAAAGACCAGCCUGUCGGCGUCCACCCCUCCUACUCCGCCACGCCACUUUGCUACAUAUUAGCGGGAGCCUCAGUCGUGUCCCAGACAGCCGUCAGGAACCAUAAGCCACCUGAUAUUACUUGGCCCGCUGCACAUCAUCCCGAGAAACACGUUCCAUUCUUUCUGUACGGCACAGCACGAACCCUAUCCGUAUACCUUACCAUGGGGAAACCCAAAAGCACAAUCGCCGGGAAGACAAAGGCCGGCCCUGGAACUAACAAUGGCGGCAAUGCAAAGUUGACCGCAGCUUCAAUUCCCGCCGCGCCGCCCGCUUGGCCCCAGUUCAAGCCGCCGCUACCGGUCACCGACCUGGCUGCCGACCAGCUCGCAUCUUGCCCCGACAAGGUCCUCCUGAUUCGCAACUUUUGGCCAAAAUCCCUCUGCAGUUCCUAUGUCACUUUUCUGAGGGGUUUACCGCUGAUCACCACCCCUGGUCGGCCUAAGCGGGGAGAAGCGGUUAGAGUGAACGACCGUUUUCAAGUGCAGGACGCUGCCUUUGCUCAACGCCUGUGGACGGAGACUGGACUGCGCGAAUCGCUUGCUCAAGAAGACAUUCAGGGUUUAUGGGGCGGUGAAGUCGUCGGUCUAAAUCCCAAUAUUCGCAUCUAUCGUUACUCCAAGGGCCAGUAUUUCGAUGCACAUUACGACGAUUCUAACAACGUAUCACUCAACCUCGACCCCUCCUCCCGACCCGUCACGUGCAAGACAACCUGGACACUGCUCCUCUAUCUCACCUCUUCCGCCGAGGGCUGUGUUGGCGGCGAGACCGUCUUCUUCCCCAACGACCGCCGUUCCGCCAAGGAGGAGAUAUCGGUCGCCCUCGAAACGGGUAUGCUCCUCUUACACAAGCACGGCGACGACUGCAUGCUGCACGAGGGGCGCGAGGUCAGCGCAGGCGAGAAGUGGGUGCUUAGAACGGACCUUUGCGUCAGGAAGUGAAGAAAGAAGGGGAGUGAGGUGAGAGAGGGAUUUGCGAUCAGCAACCAUCAAGCAACAUCCUUACUACCCCUGUCUUCUUCUGCUUCUGCUUCUCCUUCUACUUCUUCUUCCUCCCGAUCCGCC